AUGGAAGAACUCAAUGAUCAGCAGUUGCUACCCUUCGUGAAAUAUUCCAAGAAAGACAGAAUACCAGACACACCCCACCUCACGCUCAAAAUUGAAGGAGAUUCAACUGCUGACGUGGGGGUGGACGACCCAAUUUACAAAAUCCCUUUCACAAUCACUCAGGCUGCAGAUGAUCCCCAAACACGACCAUGCAUCAUUCAUUUGAACCCCCUCGAAGACAGCUGUGGUCCGUCGGGUACGAUAUUGCUUUACCAUCAAACUGACAGCCAUGGAACGCACAGCCUGGAGCUCAAAGAGGUAGAAGACCCAAAACUGCCUAUAAAGCUCCUCAUUCCACGAGAAGUAACCGCAUUGGAUCCUUGCUUUAGGGAGCUCAUCCCGGGUAGUAUGGGUUUUUUGCAAGGCACCUUGCCGUGGAACUCGGCUAGCCUGAUGUCCUGA